AUGAAAUUCACCAAAUCCAAAAAAGAGACCAAGAAGUCCCCCGAAGAGGAAUACGCCGAACAAAUCUCCACCCUCACAGAAAGCGAACUGCGCGACCUCCACAAAGACCUCAAAAUCGACCAUUAUGUCAACAGCACCGCUGCCGUCAUCAACACCGCAUCUGGCGUCGGCCUUCUCAGCAUGCGCUCAACCACUCGCAGGUACCGAACCGAACGCAUGCAGAUCGAAGCCAUGGAGGCUCGCAUGAAAGAAAUGGGAUGGACGGCCCACCCGAAUCGAUACAGGGAUGCGGUGCCGAUUGCGCUUGGGAGUCGCCGCCGGGACCACGGCCGGGAUGUCGUUUGGGCUCAUCAAUGUUGA